GCAGCGGUGUCGCGGUGCCGGGGCGCGCUGCGGGCCGGGGCGCUCGGCGGAGCCGAGCCGGGCCCGUUCCGCCGGUGCGGGGGCGGAAGCGCCGUGGCCGGGCGGGCCAGCGGCCCCUGCCCCCGGGGCCGGUGCACAGGGGAUGGAGGGGCAGGAAGGGUCCCGCUCGCUCCCGUGGCUGGGGAGUGCUCCCCGGGGCGGGGGAGGACCCGCACGUAGGGUGCCGGUAGGCUCUCCCCCGGGGCCGGGCGGGUUUUCCCUCCCCGCAGGGCGGGAGGGUUCGCAUCCGGGGCUGGGGGACCCCCGGGGCCGGGUCUGAAGCAGCGUUCUCCCGCAGAGCGGCAGUGUGGGCCCCGCUGCCGGCCAUGGCCGAGCCCGCCGGAGGGGCCGGGCCGCGCCCGCCGCCCGCGGGACGCAGGAGGUGACGGAGCCCUCAUGAGAGCCCGCAGCAGGGGCCAGGCUGGGGUGACCACAUGCCUUGCAGGUGCUCGCGGGACGCCGGCAGUCGCUGUGUGCUGAGGCUGGCACAGAGACAUGAGUGGCAGCACGAGCCAGCGCGCCGCCGCCCUGGGGGUCCUCUUUGCCCUGAUCAUGUUGCUGAUCAUCUACAGCUCCGGCAACGGGAGCGAGGUCUUCCCCUACAGCCGCCUGCGGGGCAGAGCCCGCCGGCCCCCCGACCUCAAGAAGUGGGGGGUGAAAAGCGGGUACCUGCCCGUCUGCGGGAACAAGACCCUGACUGCCCGCUGCCACCAGUGCGUCAUUGUCACCAGCUCCAGCCACCUCCUGGGCACGCACCUGGGCACGGCCAUCGACGGGGCUGAGUGCACCAUCCGCAUGAACGAUGCUCCCACCACGGGCUACAGUGCUGAUGUGGGCAACAAGACCAGCUUCCGCGUGGUGGCCCACUCCAGCCUCUACCGUGUCCUCAAGCGGCCCCAGGAGUUCGUCAACAAGACCCCGGAGACCAUCUUCAUCUUCUGGGGGCCGCCCACCAAGAUGCAGAAGAGCCUCCUGAAGAUCAUCCAGCGCGUCUGCGCCUCGUUCCCCAACAUGACAGCCUACGUUGUGUCCCCCGGCCGCAUGAAGCAGUUUGAUGACCUGUUCCGGGGAGAGACAGGGAAGGACAGGGAGAAGUCUCGCUCGUGGCUCAGCACUGGCUGGUUCACCAUGGUGAUCGCGGUGGAGCUGUGCGACGCCAUCCACGUCUACGGCAUGGUGCCGCCCAGCUACUGCGGCCACCACCCGCCACCCCGGCGCCUGCCCUACCACUACUACGAGCCCAAGGGCCCUGACGAGUGCACGACCUACAUCCACAACGAGCGGAGCCGCCGGGGCAACCACCACCGCUUCAUCACUGAGAAACGGGUCUUUGCCAGCUGGGCCGGCCUCUACAACAUCACCUUCUCCCACCCCACCUGGACCUAGGGGCUGCCCCAUGCCUGCUGGGCACACCCCUGCCGCUGGGAUGGAUGGGGGCUCCCCUGCAUCCCCCUGGGCGUGGUGGGAUCCACCAGCUGCCUCCCGCAGGACCGCUGCUGCUGUGCAUGGUGGCUCCUGGCACCUGG